CCGUGUAUGUACACCAAGGUGCACGGCGACAAGAUGCUGUUCGUCGCUGUGUACGUCGAUGAUGUCCUGAUCUUCUCGAACUGUUACCGCUGGAAGACGGAGAUCAAGGCCCAACUCAGCCGCGAGUUCAAGAUGAAGGAUAUCGGACCUGCGAAGUACGUUCUGGGAAUCCGGGUGAGCCGGAGCAAGGACGAGAUUGCCCUGGACCAGGAGAAAUACGUGGAAGCGAUCUUGAGUCGGUUCCAGAUGACGGACUGCAAGCCCGUCAGUUCCCCCAUGAACGUGAGCGAGAAGUUGACGCGCGACACGUGCCCGUCGACUGACCAAGAGUUGGAGAGGAUGAAAUCCGUGCCGUACCAAGAAGCCGUUGGGUGCUUGAUGUACUUGGCCCAGAGCACCAGACCGGACAUCUGCUACGCGGUCAACAUCCUCAGCCGCUUCAACUCGAACCCAGGUGAGAAGCACUGGUGUGGUGUGAAGCAUCUGUUCCGCUACCUGCGCGGGAACUCGAAGUAUCGCCUGACUUACAAGAAAAGAGGAGCUUCGAAGAUCGAAAGUUUUUCGGACGCCGACUGGGUAGCUGAUCUGGAGGACCGGAAGUCGAUCACGGGGUACGUGUUCACCGCCCAAGGUGGAGCCGUGUCCUGGAGCUGCAAGAGGCAAAAAACCGUUGCACUCUCGACCUGCGAGGCCGAAUACAUGGCGUUGUCGGCUGCGGUGCAGGAGGCGCUCUGGUGGCGCCGGUUGCGGGUGUAAUAUCCUGACUUCAUUCUCACAAGUCUCUUGUAACAAAUCAUUUCCAGACCUCACACUUUUCUCGUCGUAGGUCAUUAAGCUGAAAAUUUCCAUCAGCUAGCAAACAACUUCAAGAGUCCACUUGAGGUCCUAGACCCUUGUACAUAGCAUUUCGCUUCAAGUGUUUACCAAAUGUGUCAACUCAAGUAUACCCGAGUCGACCGUUCUUAACUGCUUGCGUUCAAAGUUGAAUGGCCAUAAAUUAUCGAUUGCGCCAUCCACGCUGAACCAGCAAAUCCUUCAAUAACAACCAUGACCAUUCUCAUCAUGUAAAACCAUGGCUCUGUCCUUUUUUUCCAAUUAUAUAUUUUAUGCCAAGCCAGCUUAUCCAGCUGAGCGAAGUAAGUAUGAAAUCACCACAAAUGAACUUAAGUGAUUUCUCUAUCUCUCUCUCUCUCUCUCUCUCUCGUUUCAACCCACAAUGCAUACGAUUGGUUGAACGAUACAUAAUGCCAUUCCAUUCUUGGUACCUCCCAUUAAAUAAACAGUCAAAAUAAUCAUUGUAAACCUUCUUGUAAGAAAAAUCAAACAGAAUAAACAAGUUUCAAUUUGGAUUCAGACCGAGCAUGUCUUAUUAUAACUUGCGAUGACAAUUCCGCUGAAUUAUGAUGCAGAGUGAUUACACGGGGACGUAUCGAGUCGGAGGAGGCGAUUACGAUCCACUGCGAUAACCAAAGUGCGAUCGCUGUCGCACGGAACGGUGGCUAUCAUCCGAGGACGAAGCAUAUCUACAUACGACACCAUUUCAUCCGGGACGCACUGAGUAUCCUCCCUCUUGCGCAGGGUACUUCUUCCGGAUGAUUUUGGCAGGUUCCGCGACCAUCCGGAAGUAGUCCCCUGCACAAUAGAGAGGAUGCGGUUUGGCCUUCCGGAUGAUCAGAGAACCGGCAAAAACCAUCCGGAAAGAGUUCCUUGCGCAAGAGGAAUGAUGAUUCUUGGCCUUCCGGAAGGUUGUUGUCGGUCCCGUAACCAUCCGGAACUAGUUCCCUGCACAAGAGGGAGGAUACUUCUUGGCCUUUCGGAUGUUUUUGCCGUCUCCGUGACCAUCCGGAAUGAUUUCCUAUCGCAAAAGGGAGGGCUUUCUGAAAGUUUUUGCGGGUUCUGUGGCCCUACACUUUUCCAAGGGGGAAACGCUAGGCGGAAAGAUGAAUUUACCCCAGUUAACUUAUUUUUCUUCUUCAGAUAUUAGGCGACCCCCUGCGAGACUUUUUGCAGGGCACUUUUUGGAACCAGUUCACGUUCAAGAACCCGAAAAAGCAAAAAACGGAUGGUGCGAAGGUGGCGAGCAGGUGCCGAGGCGGAAGAUUAUCGCGUGGCGCAGUAGAAUGGCGACUACGUGCUGAGCGGAUCGCGCAGGUUGCCGGUGCACUCCCUCACCAAGGAUCAUUGCACCGAGGACAAGCGGUUGAGCUUUAGGUGAGUCCCAUUUUUAACUUGAUCGGAUUUUUGAUAUUCUUUUCGAAAUUCCAGAUUCCUUAAGACAAAAACGCAAAUGCAUGCGUGAGGCCAAGGCCAAGGAUCGGGUGGCCGCCAAAAAGGCUGCCGGCGGUGAUCAGAAUAACGUUUCCGACCUGGAAUCCCAGUACAAGGACGAGUUCGAUUCGUAUCUGGAACGGCUGGACGAAGAGACGACAACGCCGACGAUUUUGACUACGAGGUGAACUUUAUGAACGAGUUCGAACAGGAACUGGCCAAAAAGCGCGAGAAGAAGAAGGAGCGAGCGAUUAACGUCAUCGCAGGAGGACGGCGAGGAUGGUCUAGAAGAUCAAUUUCAGCAUGCUGGCGAACUACGACGUACUGAAGCCGGUCCAGAAGUACGCAAUUCAGAUCUUCUUGAGCGGACGGGACGUGAAAGCCUGCACUCGAACGGGUUCCGGCAAGACGGCCACUUGGAAGUAGUUAUGGCCCCGAUUCGUGAGUUGGCUAAACAAAUCUGUACGGUAGUAACAGAAUCCAGAAGCAUAUGGGCAAGUUGGUCCGCUGCUGCCACGCCGGGUUGCCUAGACCCCUUGCUGGACGAUGCAGACCGUAGGCUAUUAUACAUGAGAUUCGAGGACUACCAGAAGAGUUGCAUCGAGUGCUUAUUCUAAAAUUGUGAAAAUAUAUACUUAAGCAUCAAAUUUGUUGUAUUUAUUAAUUCUAAAGAGAAAUGAAACUUCAGCAUUCAACAGCAUUUUUCAUUGUAAAAUUUACAGCAAAAUCCAUAGUAAAAGCACCAACCAUUUGGGACCAUCCAUAAACCACAUGGACACUUUUUUUUUAUUAACUUAUUUUUAUUAGGUGCUUUCAGGUGCUUGGACCAGGUUAAGACCGAGGGACAGUUUCUGAAAAUACAUUAUAAUACAUUACAAAAAGAUGUUCAUUUCCCUCCAGACUUGCCGAGCAUGUAACUAACGAGUCUUAAUUGAUCCACACGGGUCUAUUUCGGUAUACCCCGCAAAAUGUCGGGAAAGAGCCCUUCUUUCACGGUGCCAAAUAUCAGACAUACCGAAUUUUUUAUCUUUGAGGUCUCGAAAAAAUACACCGUGGGCAUUCUUUAGGUCUCAAAUAUGAUGUUAACAUCAAAACAAUCGAUAUCUAUAUAUAUAAAAAAUUUCGACGGUUUUGUUCGAACGCGCAUCAGUUGAUAACGGAAAGUCGGAUCGGAGCGCUCUUUGUUGCGUUGGGUUCGUAUAAGCCCAAGGAAGGUUUUUACGCUAAUUAGUUGACACUUUGCCCACUCUGGAACCGAUUCCGGAAAAUCUGCAGAUUGUAUGGGAAAUGAAACGAAAAACUAAAUUUUGAUCAUAGGAGGCGUCAAGAUAUUUUCAAACAAAAAAAAAAAAACAAAGCGUCAAAACGGAAAAGUUUAAUGUAGAACGAGGAAGAAAAUAAAGCUUUUAGUAGGACAAAUAAUGAAGCUAAAAAAGUAAAGCUGUUUGGUCAGUCGAAAUACUAAACCUAUUUGGUGGGUAGAAUAAUUUUUAACUGACAAAUUAUUAUUUUAGUUUUUAGAUAACAAACCCAGCCAAAAAACAGAUAAAAAGGAAAACACAAAUCAAAAUGAAUUCAAUGAACGUUUAAAAACUGGAAAAAUGAAACAGAUCAUGAAAGAUAAAAACAACCCUCAGUUUUCAGAGCACCCAGGCAGCAAAAAAAAUGAAAGAGUAAAAAUAGAUUGCAAAAAAGCAAACGAGGAACAAAAUGUACAAAAGAAUACACUAAUCAACGAAGCAAAACAAACUAAGAAAGGUACUCCGUGAUUUUUGUACCAAACCAGUUUGUACCUAUCAAACUUCGGAAACAUCAAUGUAUUUUAUGAAACAACAAAAAAAAUUAUGAAAAAAAGUAUAAGGAUCAGUUCGAUAAAAGAACAAUUAAAAAAUUAUCUUCAGAAGAAAAUAAGAAACAAAAGCAGACAAUUAAACAGGUCAUUUCAAUAGACUAUAUGAGGAAAGAAGGAGGAGGUCUAACGAAAAACCAAAUGAGAUUUGUAAUACAUUGUUGGGAUUAAUUUUGAACAAUUAAGAAAAAAGAGGAAAAACAUAAAUAGGACACAUCAUGGAGCAAAGAAUAAAGAUUAAAAAGUUAAAAAAAAGUGCUGACAGAACAAAAAGUAGCAAGUUAUUUCAAGUUUCUUGCAGUUUUUGCCCGUGACAGAACUUAUUUAGUUGUUUAUUUAAGGAGAAUCAUAUGGUUUUCUAAAUAGUAAAGGUAGAACAUGCAAAACUGCUAUAUGAAAGAAAAAAAGUAAAGGUACCAGAACUGUUGGGAUAGUAACCACAAAAAAGAAGAGAAUAGUAGAAAAAAAUGACAAGCAUAAGAAUCUCAA